AUGAGAAGGGAUAAUCUUUUUCUUCCACUUGAGAAGGGAGGUCUCAGUCCUGUGCAUUUGUUUGUGAGACAAUUGGUCAGGCGAUUAUCUUACCUUAAAAAUGUCCGUCAUGCUUUCCUCCUUGCAGUUAACAGAACACGGCUUGCUUCACACCUCCCUUUUCUUUUUGUCACGACCAACUCUGCUCAAGAAGUGCCGUUAUGGGGCUUCCUAAAAGAACUCGUGGAUACUAUCUCAAUUUUAAAAGCCAGAUUCACGUUAGAAUAUUUAUUUAGCGUUGAUCGAACAUCGCUAAAUAUAGCACUUGUAAAUAACCUUUUCCCUGCACCUAUGUAUCGAAAGCCAUAUCUGUCUCUAUUUGGUCAAGAUGGUCUUUGCCGUGUUCGUCGAAUGUGUAUAACGCCAGCAGCGAAAACAUUUUUCUUUAAGCUGCACACUUCCACCCUGCCAGUUAAAACAUGGCUUCAUGAGAAAGGAUUAUAUGUACCGUGGAAUACAAAUUGUAGACUGUGCAGCCAACCUGAGACAAUAGAACAUUGCUUUAUUCUUUGUCGUGAUGCAUUUUAUUUUGGGGACAUUUUACAAAGAACUAUCAAAAAAGAAUUUCCUCUAACACCUUACGGUAUCCGGUUCCUUCCUUUCAAAAAGACAAUCAGUAAUGCACUAUAUGAUUUGUUUAUGUUAUUAGGACUGUAUUCAUUAUGGAGAAGCCGAAUGAUUGACAGACAUGCCGAGCCACCCCGCUCGACAAGGUCUGUCUUUCGAGAAGAGGCUGCUCAAGUGCGGAGUGUGGUUGCAACCUUUGACCCCGUUCCUGAAUGGAUUUCGUAUCUGGACGCUUGUGUUUGUUUACCCGAUUUUUGAACUUUCA